CAGUCGAGUCGCCUUCUAAAGGAUUAACGCACGUCAUCUUGACCGCGCAUCAUUUCUUUGCAUCCAGUGUUAUGUGUGUGAUCCAACAAGUGGGUGCGUAGAAGUUUUUGAUGCUGUGAACAGCGCAAGAGCAUCUGUUGAAAAUCCACACAUCCAUCAUUCCAAAGAAGUUGUGAUUUGUGCAAUCAUGGAGAUUCGAUCUUUAUCGCUCUGUCGGUUACCAGCAGUAUUUCUUGUGUUUUUGUUUUGUUUGUCCCUGACGGUUUGCUAUGGGUCUCGAAGUCGAAGCUCUAGGAGACAGAGGCUGCAAGCUCUGUCACAGCUGAGUCCAGAUCAAAUCUUAAAGGGACCUCAUGUGUGUGGCCCCCGGGUACAUCGUUACUGCUGCCCUGGAUGGUCCCCUUCCCCUGGUGGCAACAGGUGUAUGCAACCGAUAUGUCCAGCCGGAUGUGGGGACGGGACAUGUGUCAGGCCAAACUCCUGUAGAUGCAAAGGCGGAUUUCUCGCUCCCAGCUGUGGAAACUUGAGCCCGCGAGGCUGUUCUGUUAGAUGUAUGAACGGAGGAUCAUGUCAAGGGUCAACGUGUAACUGUGUCCCGGGUUUCACAGGACCAAUAUGUGCUCAACCGAUCUGCUCCAGGUGCCUGAAUGGGGGACGAUGUAUUGGUCCACAGAAAUGUGCCUGUAUUUAUGGAUUCACUGGGAACAGAUGCCAGACAGAUCAUCGAACAGGUCCAUGUUUCACAGAGGUCACCAACACAAUGUGCAAAGGUCAGUUGACAGGAGUGGUCUGUACAAAGGCACUUUGCUGUGCCACGAUCGGUCGGGCCUGGGGUAACCCUUGUGAACAGUGUCCUGUACAACCACACCCAUGUCGACGAGGUUUCCUGCCCAAUGUCCAGAGCAACACAUGUCAGGAUGUGGAUGAGUGUGUGGCCAUUCCUGGUCUCUGUGUUGGGGGUGACUGUGUGAACAGUGUCGGCUCCUAUGUCUGUGGAUGUAAGGCAGGACAGAGGAAAAACCCGCUGACCAACACCUGUGAAGACAUCGAUGAAUGUACUACUCUAAGUAAUGUGUGUGAGAAUGGUCGAUGUGCAAACAUUGAAGGCAGUUACUUCUGUAUUUGUGAUGAAGGAUUUGUACUCAGUGAAGACAGGACCAAAUGUGUCUUUGUGAGUAAGAAGUACUGUUACAGCCAGGUUAGUGAGGGGCGCUGCAGUAACAGAUUGGCAGCACAAACCUCCCUGAAAGACUGCUGCUGUGUGUUGGGCAAGGGAUGGGGAGAUGACCAGUACUGUCAGCUUUGUCCUGCUGAAAAUACAGCUGCCUAUCAGAGAAUCUGUAAAGGGGAUGGCUCUAGACCGAUCAACGAGUGUGAAAUUUUUGACAGACUUUGUCAGAAUGGUCGGUGUAUCGAUACAGAGUAUUCUUACGAGUGUGAAUGUUACAGCGGGUUUCGUGUAGGAUCAGAUCGAAGCUGUAUCGAUAUAAACGAGUGUUCGGAGAGACCUGGCUUGUGUAGGAACGGUCGCUGUGAGAACACUCCGGGGAGCUUCACCUGUAUCUGUGAUGAAGGGUUUGCUCUCUCUAAUGACAGAACUUACUGUACAGACAUGAAUGAGUGUGAUUCCCCAGUGAAGAUGUGUCCUAAUGGUAUCUGUGUGAACAUGGAUGGCAGCUACAAAUGUCAGUGUAACCCAGGGUACAAACCUUCCCAGAACCAGCAAGUCUGUACAGACAUCAAUGAGUGUAUAGAGAACGGCCGCCUCUGCCUGAAUGGGGAAUGUGUGAACACAGGGGGCAGCUACAGGUGUCAGUGUAACCAAGGCUAUGAGCUCUCGCCCGACGGUGCUUUCUGUCUAGAUUACGAUGAGUGUCAAACGACUGGGAUGUGCACAAAUGGGCAGUGUAUCAACAUUAAUGGAGGAUUCAAGUGUAUCUGUAACACAGGCUUUAUCCUGGCUCAGAGUGGGGAGGUUUGUAUAGAUGUUGACGAAUGUGAGGUGAACCCAGAUGCCUGUGUGAAUGGUCAGUGCAUCAACAAUCAGGGCAGCUACAGGUGCGACUGUCCUCAGGGCUGGCAGCUGGCGCUUGAUGGAAGAACCUGCCAAGACACAAGAAAAGGCCUAUGUUACACAGAGAUGAGGCGUGGAAGGUGCUCUAACCCAUCGGGCACCCUGGUGACAAAGUCCUCCUGCUGCUGUACUGUGGACAGCAUGGAGGCUCCAGGGAUAGGCUGGGGGACACCCUGUGAGCAGUGUCCCUCCAUGGCCAAUCCUGACUACAAGAAACUCUGCCCCUAUGGACCUGGCAUGGACUUUAAAGGAAAAGAUAUCAAUGAGUGUGCGCUGAUGCCAAACCUCUGUCCUAAUGGUGUGUGUGAAAACCUGCUGGCAGGAUACAGAUGUAUUUGUAACGCAGGCUAUGAGGUGGACAGAACUGGAAAGGUGUGCAGAGAUGUGAAUGAGUGCGAUGUGAACCGGCUUUUGUGUGACGGUGGACAGUGUAGGAACACCCCUGGCAGUUACCAGUGUAUUUGUCCCAUAGGCUACAAGUUCAUCGCUUCAACUCGCAUGUGUGAAGAUAUAAAUGAAUGCCGGACUGGGCCUAACCCAUGUGUGAAUGGUAUCUGUGUGAAUAACCCAGGCAGUUUUCGCUGUGAAUGUAACUUGCCCGGGAUGACACUCGACUCUUCAGGCAGGGUCUGUGUGGACAACAGACGAGGAGCCUGCUGGAUGACCAUCCGUGAUGGAGUGUGUGAGGACAACAUAAACUCCUUGUCCCUGAAGGAGGAGUGCUGCAGCAGUGUGGGGGUGGCUUGGGGAAGCCCCUGUGAACCCUGUGUUGCUGGAGAGGCCAGGAAGUGCCCUGCAGGGUUCCACUUUCAGAAUGGUGUCACAUGUUUGGAUGUGAAUGAGUGUGAGGUGUUCCCAGGUCUGUGUAAGGGAGGAGGGAAAUGUGUGAACACCGAGGGCUCGUUUGCCUGUACUUGUCCUGACGGCCUCAGCCUGGACUCCACCAAGAGAAGGUGCAUAGACAUGCGACAGGACGUCUGCUAUCUUGACUACCGGUCUGGCUACUGCUCUGCCCCCUCCCCUGGUCUCUACAUGAAGGCAGUCUGCUGCUGUUCUAUUGGCAAGGCCUGGGGUACGCCUUGUCAACAGUGCCCCAAACCUAAUACAGAGGAGGCCAAAUUAAUGUGUGGUGGCAAGCCUGGGUAUGGACCCAGUGGCAGACCAGGAGAAGACAUCAUGACAGAUAUUAAUGAGUGCAUGACAUUCCCUAACCUGUGUGUGAAUGGUCGAUGUCGCAAUACAGUGGGGAGCUACACAUGUGUCUGUGAGCAGGGGUACGCGCUGGAUGACACAGGCAGGAACUGUACAGACAUUGAUGAGUGUCGUAUCUCGUUUGGGAUCUGUGCCAAUGGUACCUGUAUUAACCAGCCGGGUGGGUUCCGCUGUGAAUGUCUAGAUGGGUUUGAAGCUGUCAUGAUGGAGCAGAUGUGCAUGGAUAUAGACGAGUGUGUGGACCAGCCUGGCCUGUGUCGCGGAGGCACCUGUGUCAAUACCCCAGGGGGUUCUCACUGUGAGUGCCCCGACGGCCAUGAACUCACCCCAGAUGGCAGAUACUGUAAAGAUGUGGACGAGUGCUCUGCAGCUAGCAGUCUAUGUUCCAAUGGGAUCUGUGAGAAUUUCAUGGGAGGUUAUCAAUGCAUCUGUCUGGAGGGAUACCAACCCAACGAGCUGAAGACCACCUGUGUUGAUAUUGACGAGUGUUUGGAUGGGAAUGGAGGUUGCCAGGAUCUGUGUAUCAACACACCGGGAAGUCACCUGUGUGGAUGUAACCCAGGGUUCCUCCUCAUGCCUGAUCACAGGAGAUGUGGAGAUGUGGAUGAGUGCAAGGAAACGCCGGAUAUUUGUGAAGGAAAUCGCUGUUCUAAUUUACCUGGCUCAUAUCGGUGCAUCUGCACUGGAGGCUGGAUGCCGUCUCCAGACCAGAAGCUCUGUAUAGAUGUGGAUGAGUGCAGACUGAACAGGAACCUUUGCCUGAACGGCCGUUGCCAGAACAGCCCUGGUUCGUUUGUGUGUAGCUGUAACAUUGGUUACUCUGUCAAACCAGGAACCCCAGGCUGUACUGACCUGGAUGAGUGUGACGCUCUGGACCGAGCCUGUGAUGAGAAUGCUCUCUGUAUCAACACCCAGGGAUCAUACAAAUGCGACUGUAAACCGGGAUUCACUGGAGAUGGCUUGGUCUGCCUAGAUACCAAUGAGUGUUUGCGUGGUAAUGGAGGCUGUGAUCCUGACGCAGCCUGUAUUAACACUGACGGCAGCUUCAGGUGUGUUUGUGAUGGAGGCUUCAGUGGGGAUGGAUACGAAUGCAGAGAUGUGGAUGAGUGUAGCCUUAACCCGAGUCUGUGUGAGAAUGGUCAGUGUCUGAACUUCCCCGGUGGGUACAGGUGUGAGUGUGACAUGGGCUUCACCCCUACAGACAACGACAGGGCCUGUGAAGACAUUGAUGAAUGUGACAUGUUCAGAAACCUCUGUGUUAAUGGGCAGUGUGAGAAUAUAUUUGGGAUGUUUCGCUGUGUUUGUAACUCUGGCUUCAAACUGGAUGUGACUGGGGGAAAUUGUACAGAUAUUGAUGAGUGUGUGAAUAAAGAUAACUGUCAGUAUGGAACAUGUAUAAACAAACAGGGCAGCUACAUUUGCCAGUGUCCCCCUAACUACGAACUGAAUCCUACGGGCACAGGCUGUGUAGACAAGCGUCUAGGCACAUGUUACUUGGACAGCCCCUUAUACAGCCGGACUGGGCAAUGCCGGGAUGUGCUUGGGUCAUCCUUGUCACGGGCCACCUGCUGUUGUACAGUGGGAAGGGGUUGGGGUGACAGAGGCCCGGGGAUCUGUGAGUCCUGCCCUAGGAAUGGAUCAGCUGAAUACAAUGCCCUCUGCCCUGGGGGUCCAGGUUUCAGGCCUAACACUGUCACGGUUAUUCUGGAAGACAUUGAUGAAUGUGCUGAAAUCCCAAAUGUGUGUAAAGGUGGCCGAUGUCAGAACACGUUUGGCAGCUUCACCUGCGUCUGUCCUGAUGGGUACACCCUAGACCAGGACAGGCUCCAGUGUGUAGAUAUCAACGAGUGUGAGGUGAUACCUGGUUUAUGUGGCCCUGGAACGUGUAUUAACAGAGAAGGCAACUAUACAUGUGUCUGUCCCCCUGGUCACAUGAUGAUGCCAUCCGAGAGAGACUGUAUGGAUAUGAGGAAGUCUAACUGUUACAUUGACUACCUGAACACAACCCGUCCACCUUACCAGAUCAUCUGUGAGAAUCCUAUGUCCACCAACAUCACCAAGCGACAGUGCUGCUGUUCUAUCGGACGAGCCUGGAAUAAUCCGUGUCACGCAUGUCCCGUUGAAGGCUCACCGGAGUUUGGGGCCUUGUGCGGGAAGGAGAGAGGACAGACUCGAAUCACACCAGACCUGAACGAGUGUGAGCUGAUCCCAGGUCUGUGUCGCAAUGGCCGCUGCAUCAACACGCAGGGUAGCUUUAGGUGUGAGUGCUUCCCGGGCUUCAGGUAUGAUGCUGCAGCCUACAUCUGUGCUGAUAUUGAUGAGUGCCGUGAGCAGGAGCCAUGUAAUGGGAACUCUGCCUGUAUCAAUGUUCCAGGGAGUUACUUAUGUGAAUGCCCUGAGGGGUACUACCUGACUCGAGAUAAGCGAUCUUGUGUGGAUGUAAAUGAGUGUGAGGAGAUUCGUGAUGUAUGUGCCAAUGGAAAUUGUUUGAACUUGGUGGGAAGUUUCUCCUGUAUCUGUCAGAAUGGGUUCAAGUUGACUUCCAGUAGAGAUUCUUGUAUAGAUAUCAAUGAGUGUGAAGUGAGGCCGGGUAUCUGUCGUAACGGAACCUGUGAAAACCACCUUGGGGGUUAUGAGUGUAUCUGUCACCCAGGCUUCACACUCACAGAGAAUGCAGACUGCUUUGACAUUAAUGAGUGCCGGUCUCUGAUUGGCUUGUGUCAGAAUGGUCGCUGUAUCAACACACCUGGCAGCUUCACCUGUAGCUGUCAGCCAGGUUACAAGAUCUCAUCUGACAGACAGAACUGUGUGGAUAUCAAUGAGUGUCAGGAUAUCCCGGGCCUCUGUCGCCAUGGUACCUGUCAGAAUGUGGAGGGUGGGUUCCUGUGUAACUGUUUUAGUGGAUACACGCUUGGACCUUCACAACAAGAAUGUAUUGAUGUGAAUGAGUGUCUAACAGAGGCAGGCAUUUGUCAGAAUGGCCAGUGUGUGAACACAGAUGGAGGGUUUGAGUGUUACUGCCGGCCUGGCUAUGUUCUCUCCAGCAGUGGAAGAAAAUGUAUGGACAUGCGUAAAGGACUGUGCUUCCAGAGGUUUGUGGAUGGAACAUGCUUGUCACCACUCAGAAUCAACAUCACCAAGGCGGAGUGUUGCUGCACCCAGGGGAAGGCAUGGGGCGGGGACCCGUGUGAUGUGUGCCCAGAAAAGGGAGAGGACAUUGAUGAGUGUCGUAUCUCGUUUGGGAUCUGUGCCAAUGGUACCUGUAUCAACCAGCCGGGUGGGUUCCGCUGUGAAUGUCUGGAUGGGUUUGAAGCUGUCAUGAUGGAGCAGAUGUGCAUGGAUAUAGACGAGUGUGUGGACCAGCCUGGCCUGUGUCGCGGAGGCACCUGUGUCAAUACCCCAGGGGGUUCUCACUGUGAGUGCCCCGAUGGCCAUGAACUCACCCCGGAUGGCAGAUACUGUAAAGAUGUGGACGAGUGCUCUGCAGCUAGCAGUCUAUGUUCCAAUGGGAUCUGUGAGAAUUUCAUGGGAGGUUAUCAGUGCAUCUGUCUGGAGGGGAUACCAACCCAACGAGCUGAAGACCACCUGUGUUUGAUAUUGACGAGUGUUUGGAUGGGAAUGGAGGUUGCCAGGAUCUGUGUAUCAACACACCGGGAAGUCACCUGUGUGGAUGUAACCCAGGGUUCCUCCUCAUGCCUGAUCAUAGGAGAUGUGGAGAGUGUUGUAAUUUUCUCAGAUGUGGAUGAGUGCAAGGAAACGCCGGAUAUUUGUGAAGGAAAUCGCUGUUCUAAUUUACCUGGCUCAUAUCGGUGCAUCUGCACUGGAGGCUGGAUGCCGUCUCCAGACCAGAAGCUCUGUAUAGAUGUGGAUGAGUGCAGACUGAACAGGAACCUUUGCCUGAACGGCCGUUGCCAGAACAGCCCUGGUUCGUUUGUGUGUAGCUGUAACAUUGGUUACUCUGUCAAACCAGGAACCCCAGGCUGUACUGACCUGGAUGAGUGUGACGCUCUGGACGGAGCCUGUGAUGAGAAUGCUCUCUGUAUCAACACCCAGGGAUCAUACAAAUGCGACUGUAAACCGGGAUUCACUGGAGAUGGCUUGGUCUGCCUAGAUACCAAUGAGUGUUUGCGUGGUAAUGGAGGUUGUGAUCCUGACGCAGCCUGUAUUAACACUGACGGCAGCUUCAGGUGUGUUUGUGAUGGAGGCUUCAGUGGGGAUGGAUACGAAUGCAGAGACGUGGAUGAGUGUAGCCUUAACCCGAGUCUGUGUGAGAAUGGUCAGUGUCUGAACUUCCCUGGGGGGUACAGGUGUGAGUGUGACAUGGGCUUCACCCCUACAGACAACGACAGGGCCUGUGAAGACAUUGAUGAAUGUGACAUGUUCAGAAACCUCUGUGUUAAUGGGCAGUGUGAGAAUAUAUUUGGGAUGUUUCGCUGUGUUUGUAACUCUGGCUUCAAACUGGAUGUGACUGGGGGAAAUUGUACAGAUAUUGAUGAGUGUGUGAAUAAAGAUAACUGUCAGUAUGGAACAUGUAUAAACAAACAGGGCAGCUACAUUUGCCAGUGUCCCCCUAACUAUGAACUGAAUCUACGGGCACAGGCUGUCUUCAACAAUAUCUUUGCAGGACAAGCGUCUAGGCACAUGUUACUUGGACAGCCCCUUAUACAGCCGGAGUGGGCAAUGCCGGGAUGUGCUUGGUCGUCCUUGUCACGGGCCACCUGCUGUUGUACAGUGGGAAGGGGUUGGGGUGACAGAGGCCCGGGGAUCUGUGAGUCCUGCCCUAGGAAUGGAUCAGCUGAAUACAAUGCCCUCUGCCCUGGGGGUCCAGGUUUCAGGCCUAACACUGUCACGGUUAUUCUGGAAGACAUUGAUGAAUGUGCUGAAAUCCCAAAUGUGUGUAAAGGUGGCCGAUGUCAGAACACCUUUGGCAGCUUCACCUGCGUCUGUCCUGAUGGGUACACCCUAGACCAGGACAGGCUCCAGUGUGUAGAUAUCAACGAGUGUGAGGUGAUACCUGGUUUAUGUGGCCCUGGAACAUGUAUAAACAGGGAAGGCAACUAUACAUGUGUCUGUCCCCCUGGUCACAUGAUGAUGCCAUCAGAGAGAGACUGUAUGGAUAUGAGGAAGUCUAACUGUUACAUUGACUACCUGAACACAACCCGUCCACCUUACCAGAUCAUCUGUGAGAAUCCUAUGUCCACCAACAUCACCAAGCGACAGUGCUGCUGCUCUAUCGGACGAGCCUGGAAUAAUCCGUGUCACGCAUGUCCCGUUGAAGGCUCACCGGAGUUUGGGGCCUUGUGCGGGAAGGAGAGAGGACAGACUCGAAUCACACCAGACCUGAACGAGUGUGAGCUGAUCCCAGGUCUGUGUCGCAAUGGCCGCUGCAUCAACACGCAGGGUAGCUUUAGGUGUGAGUGCUUCCCGGGCUUCAGGUAUGAUGCUGCAGCCUACAUCUGUGCUGAUAUUGAUGAGUGCCGUGAGCUGGAGCCAUGUAAUGGGAACUCUGCCUGUAUCAAUGUUCCAGGGAGUUACUUAUGUGAAUGCCCUGAGGGGUACUACCUGACUCGAGAUAAGCGAUCUUGUCUGGAUGUAAAUGAGUGUGAGGAGAUUCGUGAUGUAUGUGCCAAUGGAAAUUGUUUGAACUUGGUGGGAAGUUUCUCCUGUAUCUGUCAGAAUGGGUUCAAGUUGACUUCCAGUAGAGAUUCUUGUAUAGAUAUCAAUGAGUGUGAAGUGAGGCCGGGUAUCUGUCGUAACGGAACCUGUGAAAACCACCUUGGGGGUUAUGAGUGUAUCUGUCACCCAGGCUUCACACUCACAGAGAAUGCAGACUGCUUUGACAUUAAUGAGUGCCGGUCUCUGAUUGGCUUGUGUCAGAAUGGUCGCUGUAUCAACACACCUGGCAGCUUCACCUGUAGCUGUCAGCCAGGUUACAAGAUCUCAUCUGACAGACAGAACUGUGUGGAUAUCAAUGAGUGUCAGGAUAUCCCGGGCCUCUGUCGCCAUGGUACCUGUCAGAAUGUGGAGGGUGGGUUCCUGUGUAACUGUUUUAGUGGAUACACGCUUGGACCUUCACAACAAGAAUGUAUUGAUGUGAAUGAGUGUCUAACAGAGGCAGGCAUUUGUCAGAAUGGCCAGUGUGUGAACACAGAUGGAGGGUUUGAGUGUUACUGCCGGCCUGGCUAUGUUCUCUCCAGCAGUGGAAGAAAAUGUAUGGACAUGCGUAAAGGACUGUGCUUCCAGAGGUUUGUGGAUGGAACAUGCUUGUCACCACUCAGAAUCAACAUCACCAAGGCGGAGUGUUGCUGCACCCAGGGGAAGGCAUGGGGCGGGGACCCGUGUGAUGUGUGCCCAGAAAAGGGAGAGGAGAGCUACGCAGAUCUGUGCCCCAAUGGUCCUGGGCAUAUUAUGGGUCCUAACGGAGAGUCAAUGGAAGAUGUGAAUGAGUGUUUCCUGGACCCUCAGUUGUGUAAAAAUGGAAAGUGUGUCAAUACGGAUGGCUCUUUCAGAUGUGAAUGUCUUACAGGCUACAUCCCUUCAUCAGCUAAUGAGUGUAUAGAUGAUGAUGAAUGUGCAGUUGGUAACGUAUGUGGAAACGGCACAUGCUUUAAUGUGAUAGGUGGAUUCCAGUGUGCUUGUAAUGAGGGCUUCACUCCAGGAAUGCACGAAGUCUGUGAAGAUAUUAACGAAUGCCUUGGACCAGAGAAUAGGUGUGCUUUCCGUUGUGUCAAUCUCCCUGGGAACUUCCGCUGUAUUUGUCCCAUGGGGUACAAAUUGGCCGCAGACGGAAUUCAUUGUGAAGAUGUGGAUGAAUGUACGACCCCGGCUAACAAGUGUCGCUAUGCCUGUAAGAAUUUAGUGGGAACCUUCAUGUGUAUUUGUCUGGAGGGUUACAGAGAGGUUGGACCAGACCAGUGUGUCGAUAUCAAUGAGUGCCGUGUGAACCCAAACAUCUGUAAACCAGGUCGCUGUUUCAACAGGCAGGGUAGCUAUACGUGUGACUGCCCCAGUGGCUACGUGGUCAGUGCUGACCGCAAGUCCUGUGAAGAUCGGCGUGAAGGUAACUGUUACCUUCAGCUGGUGGGCGGUCGCUGUGUGAGGUCAGCCACCAGUGGCCUACAGGUACGCAAGAGUGACUGCUGUUGCUCCAUGGGUGCGGCCUGGGGACCGCGCUGUGAGCGGUGUCCCUCCACCAACUCAGCUGCCUAUAACCAGUUAUGUCCUGAGGGUCCAGGUUUCCUGACAGGAGGUCAAGACUUGGAUGAAUGCAGGACAAUGCCAGAUGCCUGUAGAAAUGGUCGCUGUCUCAACACUCUGGGAUCUUAUCGGUGUAUUUGUGAUAAAGGAUUUAAGACAGACUCAGUUGGCACCAGAUGCGUAGACAUUGAUGAGUGUUCAAAGAGCCCCAAACCUUGUGAAAUCACCUGUUCCAAUACAGAAGGAAGUUUUAUUUGCAGUUGCCCCAGAGGCUAUGUGCUCAACAUGGACGGCAGAACAUGUCGAGACCUAGAUGAGUGUACUACGAUGCAGCACAACUGUCCACAUCGCUGUGUCAACACACCAGGGAGCUUUGAAUGUGAUUGUCCAGAGGGCUUUAAGAAGGGACCCAGACAGCAGUGUAUAGAUGUUGAUGAGUGCUUGGAGCAGCCCUUCCUGUGUGGUCCCGAGGGUAUCUGCGAGAAUAGCCGGGGCAGUUUCAGGUGUAUCUGUCCCCGAGGCUUUACCACUGACAGGACUGGCAAGAGAUGUAUAGAUAUUGAUGAGUGUGAGGAAGAUGGUGUGUGUGACGUGGAGGAAUGUGAGAACCUGCCAGGAUCCUACACCUGUGAAUGUCCUCCAGGAUUUACCCCAUUUGGCUACUGGAAUGAUUGUAUUGAUGACAAUGAGUGCAUGGAUGGGGGUCAGUGUGGGGGGGCCACAUGUUUCAACACUCUGGGCAGUUUCCAGUGCCAGUGUAAUAAUGGUCUAAGCUUUGACCUCACCCUGGCCACAUGUGUUGAUUAUAACCAGUGUGGAGGUAAUCAGUGUAACUUUGGCUGUACUGCAACGGACUCAAAUUUCUUCUGCACCUGUCCAAGCGGCUACCACAGAAUUGGACAAGGACACUGUAUAUCCACAAGCAGCCCCACGGGUCCUGAAACCCAGACCCAGUUCCCUCAGGGCAUCAACAUUCCUCAUGUAGCCGCACCUCCUGGGAGCAAGCUACCCCCAGGAGAAGGCUGCUACACCUGUGACAUUGAGGAUAAGGACCUCCCACUUCAGCGGCGGAACAGGCGAAGUGUGACAAAGGAUGACGACGACGAUGAUGAUGAUGAUAUAGAUGUGCUGAUCAGAGAGUACCAGUAUAAACUCUCCAACAGGACUCUGGUCAUCCCAGAGGAUGUGGAGGAGAUCAGCAUACACAGAGUGAAGAGAAGUGUGAAACAAGCCAAGGCCAGGAAGUUAAAGGAGGAGGAAGCCUUGAUAAGGUCAAGAAUGGAGCUGGCUCAUGAUUUGCUAGAGUUCAAUUCUUCCCAGCCAAUCACACUUCAUCUGAGACGCAAACAAACUCGUCCACGAUCAGCCAUCCUGAAGUUGAUGCCAGCGCUGUCAGCACUGAAAAACAACAUCCACUAUACUAUCACGCAUGGAAAUGAGAAAGGUCUUUUCUCUUUUCGCUUGAAACGCGGCAUUACAUCUCUGCACUUCACUCAUAAAAUUACAAAGAAAAGACAGUUUUCUGUAGAAAUAGAGUGCAGGCCUGAUCACCAAGAAGGCAGCGAGUCCAUGCCUCUAUCGACAUUGUAUAUAAAACUGGACAUUUCCGUGGACUGACUGAUUUAGUGACUGGAUUAUGGAUUAGUGAGGGCAGUGUGAACAAAGCUGUAGGAUUAUGAGUUGUAUAUACUCCGUAGAAAAAUUCCAAAACGUAAAAGGCAACAGACAAAAAAAUCAUUCUUUCCAAGUCUUCCAUGUAAUUACAUUCUUUGUGAAAGAUGUUGUGAACUCAGAUGUUAAAGUAUAGUCAUCUUCAGAUGGACCUUUGAAAAUUAUGUAAGAAAACACCUGUAUUUAUUAUUUUUAGCAUUUUUUUUUUUUUUCAUAAAUUGAAGCACAGUCAAAUAUUUCCAGUUUUAGGUGGGUUUUACGGACUAUAUCAUCAGUUAAGGUGCAGUGGUGUUGUAGGCAUUUAUUUUGAGUCUGUCUUGUGUUGAAAAACCUGUAUCUCUUGGUGCGCAUGUUUCUGUUUUCGAGAAAAUAUUAAAAUACAUAAAGGUAUUUUCAGAGUUGGGUUAAAUUUGUCUCUCAAAUGAUGAUUAUCAAAAUUUCAUGUUUUCUUGCAAGGCAUCUUCCUGAAAAACAAGGUUCAGAAAAUAAUUGUACAUGUAAUAUCAUCUAAUAUCAUCUGUUAUGAUUUUUUUUUACAGCAGAUGUACUUGUGUAAGGGAACAUAUUAUGUACGACAUACAGAAGGAUAAAGGCUAUAUAUACCCCAUUCAACUGAUUGAAAACUUGUUCCAGUAUUGAUUCUUUAAGGAAAGCAUCAACAGAUAUCUGUUGUGACAAUCAGUAACAAACAAACAAAUCAAAAAGAAAAGAUUGAAAUGUUCAGUGACCAGACGUUUUCAUUGAACUUCUUAUCUAUGCACAAGGAUUUAUCACUGCCAUAUGUAAAUUAUGCAAAAUAUAGUGCCGUUGUCUUUCUGUCAUGGCUGUUCCACCUUAAUAAAUUUUGUGUGAUAGUUUAUAUGAUAUGCAGCAAUGACAUAGUAUGGCCCGACUGUAGUCUAGAACUUGUAUGUAGUGAGCAUUUGAGACCAGUACUCUUCCAGCUUUACUUAAGCAUGUUUUUACGCCUAAUGUAUGUAACCUUUCCUAAUAGCCAGUAAUACAAAAUAGUGCUCAGUAUUUUGUAACAUUUUAUUACAUUGCUGACCUGUAAUAGUGCAGGAAUGUUUGUACGUCAUCAUGAACACGGGACAAUAUAGUGCUAAAUAUUUAAACAUAGCCAAAAAAGGCUACAUGUAUGUAUCGUGUAUGUGUAGGUAGAAGUAUUAUAUUAUUGUGGUUUUUUUAACAGCUGAUUCAAGACAUCAUGACAGUAACUUCAUGUGAGCGAUGAUGAUAACUAACACCAUAAACUGUUUUCUUUUCAACUGGUAACAUUUGAAUUUUUAUAACUGUGGGUAUUGUUUAAAGUUUUGUUGUUCAGUUUGUUAUGUAGCUACAUGUAUAUUUUACAUGAGAUUAAAUAUGGAAACCUUUGAUAUGGAGUCGCACAUGUGUGCCUGUCAUUGUGUCAAUCUUGUUAAAUCUUCUGACAUAUACCUUGCCUUUUUCCAGGCACUUAUUUUUACAAUACAUGCAUAUACAUUGUAUUUGGCAUUAUUAAAAUACAUGUAGAUUGUUAGAUCUUUAAAUUUUAAAUGUACCAGUACUGUUUUUCAUUAUACCAUGUUUGACUAUACCAGUUAUCAUGCCGAGGUCCUUAGAUAUAAACACAGACUUUUUGUUCUUUUCAGCGAUUGAACCGUUGAAUUUGUGGCUUAUAUUUGGCAUAUUCAUCAUUAUAUACAUGUGCAACUGAGUAUACAUGCAAAUGAAACUCUACAAAUGUCAUAUGAAAUGCUAGAAUAAUCAGUCUGGUGUCACUGUAACCUUUUUUCUAAAUCCAUCUGACGAAAUGGACCUUGUCUGCCAGCUUUGCAGUAGAGAGAUACGAGUUAGAAGCUGUAGAUUAAAUUAUGUCUUUUGGAAUAAACAGCUUGUGUACCAGACU